AUGGAAAGUACUGAACUUGACCUUGUUAAUAAGGUGGAAUUAAGAAUUGCAUUGGCAAAUACUGAUGCUCAAUUGGAAAAUUCUUUAAAAUUGUAUUUAGGUCCAGUUAUUUUGAAACUCAGUAGUUCUCACAGUUCAGUUAGACAAGCAGUUUUUAAGAUAAUACAAAAUGUUAUGACUAGAUUGGGAGCUGCAAGAGAUAUAAAGUUACCUGCUGAUGCAUUGUUAGAACAGGUGAAGAAACCAUCAAUUCCUCAAGGUGCAGAUGCUUCCACUGUAAGAUUAUAUUUACUUUUAUUCAUAUCUAAAGCAGUGGAAAGAAUGAAUAAUCAAGAAAGAAGAGGCUUCUUUCCUAAGGUUAUUAAAGGAAUAAGUAAUUUUCAACUGAAUGUUAGUGCUAGAUUAUUCAAUAUUUUUUGUAAACUGAUAAUUGAUUGGAAAUCACCUGAAGUAGAUACUCCAGGUUAUAAUCAAUUGAUUGAAGAUUUGGAUUUUAAGAAUCAUAUUGAAGAUGAAAAGUUCUUAUGUGAGAAAGUAUCGAAAUUCCUUAUGCUUUUGCCUAAUCCAAAUCCUGCAGUUGUUCAAUCACCAGGGUUAAGUAUUGAGGAUGCCUCAUUUUUAACUAGAGACGCUGGAGUUUCUUUUAAAACACCCCAAGAUAUUUUCAAAGUGAAAAAGAAUUUGUUGGAGUUCUUGAAGGUAGGUUUCACCAAUGAAAACUUAAGAAUACCUUUACUUGUUGCAUCCAGUGAUCCUUCUUCAGCUAUAGCCGAUGGGUCAGAAGUAUUAUACCGUAAAUUGAACGUCAAUUUGGAAGAUGAACAUUUCGUUGAAUCUUUGAUCUCUUUAUUCACUGGUGAUGACAAAACCCCACCUGUGAAUUCAGUUUUACAAGAAAGGAUAAUAAAUCAAUUGAAUAAAAGCGUGAUAGCUACCAAGAACAUAUAUAUUUCCAAGAUUACCAACUUAGGUUUAAGUUCAGAUAAUAGUAAAUUGAAACAAGCUACCAUACAAUUUGUUAAAUGGGUUAGUAUAAACAAUCAAGACUCUAAUGAUUUCAAAGAAUCAAUGGUGGAGUUUAAUUCGGUAAUGGCACUUAAAUUGAAAGAAAACAUUAUGAACGAAGGAUGGCCCCAACUUAACUUAUCCAACGGGAAGUCUUAUGCUACCAAUAUGACACAAAGGUCUUCCCAGUAUGAAGCAUUAACAAAUAUAUUGAAAACUAGUCCUGACUUGUUUUUAAAUGAUUUUACAUAUAUUGAAUUUUUGUUGGAUUCUUUAGAGGGAGAAUCUGUUGAUUUGAGAUCAACCAUUCAAGAAGGUUUAUCAAGUUUGACCGUAUUUUUACCCAGAUUAUCUCCCGAAUGUAAAUCAAGGUUGAAGACAUUGGCCAACAAUUAUUUGAACAAUGAAGAUUCAAAGCUCAAUAUCCAUGCUUGCCGCUUUAUAAUUUUAAAAUUCAUCAAUUGUACAUUUCCAUUUAAUGAUAGUGAGUCAAGAUACUUGAACAUUCUUGGAACUUCCAAAGUUAAUAGACCCGAAACCAUCGAGGAAGCAGUCAAAGGAUUGCAUCCACAUUGGUUUAAUAUCAACCAAUCCUCUAAUACUUUGGAGUUUAAGUCCACACCUGAAUUAUUAGGUAAAGGAAAUUUAGUUCAGUUCCCUAGCUUUAAAGAAAUAGUUACUUUGGUGAACAACAGAAUCGAAGACCUGAACAAAGAUGCGAUGAUCUACAAAUCUUUGAGUCAAGCUAUCAAAUUUUGUAUUCAAACUUUGGUUAUGCAAUCCAUUGAAGAAGAAAAGACCGUAGUUAUCGCUGAUGAGGAAUGGGAAACGAGAUUGGAUAAAGCUGUUGAAGUUGAUACCAAAGUCAGAGAUCUCUUGAAAAUCGAAAUCAAGAAAGUUCAUGAAGACGAUAUCGAUAUGGAUGGACAUCAAGACCCAUUCAAGAGUUUAUUGUUUAUAAUCUUUGACGCUUUAAAUGGCCAAUACGAACAUCCAGAUACCACUUUCGAAUCAACAUUCAGUAGAUUAAUAUCUUUAGCUUCAUCAAGUAUCGUCGGUGGAUUAUCUGAUUUAGUUGAUCCUUUGUUGAGACUUUUAAAUGAUAGAGUUUGGGGUGAUAUAAGUGUAUCACAAAUUUCACAAAUAAUAGCCAUUAUUGCCAGUCAUCCUGUGAAUGAUAAUGGAAAGUUGAAUCAAUUAUUACAAAAAUUAAUCCAAUCAGACUUACCACCUCAUAAAGCUAAAGCCAAUACGUUAGUAUGUGGAUAUCUUUAUUCUCGUUUAACCUAUAGACAAAGAAUUGAUGUCAUUGAACCUGAACUAUUUAGUAAAUACCUUGAAAAAUUGGUUGUCAGUUUGAAGGAUUCAAGUGCUUUUUAUGUGGCAUUGGAAAGUAUUGGAGAAUUAGCCAAAUAUGGGGUUUUAGGACCCCAAUUGACAUUCAAAUCUGAUGAUUAUAUCAAUCAGAUUUUGGAGAUCAUCAAACCUAAAGUGAAAAAGUGUGAUGAAAGAACAGUUCUUACAUUAUCAUAUCUUAAUUUGACUCAAGAACCUGCUCAUGAAGACAAGAUGACCGACCUUGAACAAAUGAUCUAUGAAACUCAUGUUUCUAAACAAACAGAAUAUCUAUUCACUAGUGGUGAAGCAUGGCUGAUUGUUGCUAUGGGAUGGGAAUCAAAAGUGUUACAAAGAUCUAUUGAUAUACAAGAUGAAGAGAUUAAGUAUAUACCUUACAAUACUGGAAGAUUAGAGUUCAUCUUAGAUCAAAUCUUGAUUUGGUGUGCUAAUACUAAACCAUCGUUGAGAAGGGCAGGAUGUAUUUGGUUACUUUCGAUUGUUGAAUUUUGUAAACUGUCUCCAAUCAUUAAGACUCAAGCUUCUAAGAUUCAUUUAACGUUUAUGAAAUUCUUAGCUGAUAGAGAUGAAUUGGUUCAAGAAGCAGCUUCCAGAGGAUUAAGUUUAGUCUAUGAAUUAGGUGACGUAGAAUUGAAAGACACUUUAGUCAAAGGAUUAUUGAAGUCGUUUACUGAUACCAAUACAACUAGUGGAUUGAUUAGUGGAACAGUUGAAGAAGAUACUGAAUUAUUUGAUAAAGAUAUUUUGAAAACCAAUGAUGGAUCAGUUUCGACCUACAGAGAUGUUUUAAAUUUAGCUGCUGAUGUAGGAGAUCCAAGUUUGGUUUAUAAAUUCAUGUCAUUAGCGAAAUCUUCAGCUUUAUGGUCAUCAAGAAAAGGGAUGGCUUUUGGUUUAGGAUCUAUCUUAUCGAAAACCAGUCUCGACGAUAUGUUAACUAACAACAAGAAAUUGGCUGACCGAUUGAUCCCUAAAUUAUACAGGUAUAGAUAUGACCCAAGUACAUCAGUGUCGACAUCCAUGAACGAAAUCUGGAAUGUAUUAAUCGAAGAUAGUUCUAAAACCAUUCAAGAGAAUUUCUCCAAUAUUUUACAGGAAUUAUUGAAAGGAAUGGGAAACAAAGAAUGGAGAGUUAGACAAGCCAGUACCACAGCUAUGAAUGAUUUAUUGAAUGUGGUGGAAUUCAAAGUUUAUCAGGAUAAAUUAGAAGAAAUUUGGAACAUGAGUUUCAGAGUUAUGGAUGAUAUCAAAGAAAGUGUUAGAAAGGAAGGUUCAAAAUUAACCAAAUUACUAGCCAAUAUCUUAACUAAAUCAUCCAAAGAUGAAGGUUUGAAACGUUUGAUUCCAUUUUUAUUGGGUAAUAAAGGUUUAUUGAGUGAUGCUGAUGAUAUCAGAAAUUUCGCUUUAGAUACUUUAUUAAAGUUGAUCAAGAGUGAUAACAAAUCCAUUACGAAAUUCAUUCCUUUAUUACUUGAAAAUUUCAUUUUGUUGAUGUCCAACUUGGAACCCGAGAUUGUUAAUUAUCUUGUCUUGAAUGCUGACAAGUAUAAUGUCACAGGUAAUGAAAUAGAUGCUAAAAGAUUACAAAGUUUAGGUAAUUCUCCUAUGAUGGAAGCUAUUGAUAAGUUAAUUGACUUAUUAGAUUUCGAUACAAUCGAACCAGGAAUCGAAUCAAUCAUCAAUUCCAUCAAGAAAUCCAUUGGAUUACCUUCAAAAGUUUGCGGAAGUAAAGUUUUGGUAAGUUUAGUGACUAAGAAAUACGAAUUAAUUAAACCUUAUGGUGAUAAGUUGAUGAAGUUAGCUAUGAAUCAAAUCAAAGAUAAGAAUGAUACCAUUUCAGCAUCAUAUUCCAUAUCAGUUGGAUAUUUAAGUAGACUAGCCAAUCUUGAUUUGAUAAUCAAAUAUGGGGAGAUGUUAAGUAAACUUUAUUUUGAAUCAGAGGAUGAUAGAAAUAGAUUAAUUUCAAGUAUUGCCAAUGAAAACUUUGCUAAAUAUUCAAAAGAGAAAUUUGAAAAAGUAUCAAGUUUAUUCUUACCAAUUUGUUUCAUAGGUUUGAAUGAUAUUAAUAAAGAUGUUUCAGGAUUUUUCGAAAGAGAAUGGAUUGAAAAUACUUCAGGAAGUAAUGUCAUAAAACUAUAUUUAAGUGAAAUCAUCGAAUUAAUGUCCAAGUAUAUAACUUCACCCAAUUAUCAUAUAAGACAAAUUUUAGCCAAAUCAAUAGUUAAAAUUACCAAUGAAAUCAAUGAUUUUAACAACAUUUCUGAUACAAUUAUUAAUCAAAUGUUUGAAAUUUUAAUCAGUAGUUGUAAAGGUAAGAGUUGGUCAGGUAAAGAAUUGAUCUUUGAAGCUUUAGUGAAUUUUUCCAUCAAAUUGAAAUCUAAAGUUGGAAAUUACAAAGAGACAAUUGAUAAAGUCGUCUUAGUUGAAGGUAAAAGAAGAAAUAAAGAGUAUCAGAAACAUUCCAUAAAGAUCAUGGGUAAAUACUUAUACAAUUUCCCCAAUGAGGAAAUGAUCGAUACUUAUUUGGAAAUCAUGUCACUGAUUAUCAGUGGAAAUUAUAACGAUAGUGACGAUGAAAUGGACGUUGAUGAUGAUAAUUCUAAGCGGAUCAAUAAAAGAGUUAAUAAUAACCAAAUCGAAGAAGAGAAAUUGGUCUAUAUGACAAAUUUAUUUGAAACAUUUAGUAAAGAUCAAUUGAAUGAAGAACUCUUUAAAGUCAUGGUCGAAUCCAUGAUAAAGUUAUUAAAUGAUGAAGAUAAGACAUUCGAAAUAACUUGGAGAUCAAAAGUUAAUGGUAAUGAUUGUUUCCAAAGGGUUAUUGAGGAAUUGGAUCAAGUUGAAUUCCAAAUCGAUAACUUAUUCAAACUUUGGUUAAAGUUACAUGAAGUUUGUUCCAAUUUCAAUAAUAUCGAAAAUGUUAAGGUAAGAUUCAUCAGAAACUCCAAGUUGUUCAUCAAAUAUCUUGAGAACUUCCAUUAUUUAGAGAUAGUCAAAGAGAUAGAAACAAAGUUACAAAAUUUCAGUUCGGAUUCUUCAAUUAUUAAAGCAGAGUUGAUGAAAUAA